AUGGUUGAUAAGGAGUCUGUACCGCUUACCGGCCAACCGCGCACAUCGACAGCUUCUCGAGCCUCGUCCGAUACGCUCUCCUCCGACGGAUCCUUUCUCGCCCAUAAUGCCGAUACGCAUCCGUACCGCAAAUCAGCAGAGAUAGCCGAGGGGUCGCGUUAUCGCGACCUCGAAGAAGACGAGGACUUCGAGGCGGAUCAAGGGUUACUGCAGUCGCCAGAGGUGAAACCAAAGAGAAACCGUGCUACCAAAGUAUUGUGGACCGUUGCCUCUCUGUGUCUCGGAAUCUGGGUGGUUGCAUUGGUCUUCUUCCUGGUUCACAAAAGGAACGCCGUACAAACAGACCGAUCCACGGCGGCUGUGCAUGAGGCCGACUCUGCAACGGGGACAACGAGUUAUGGAAAACCAGUUACCCUGGAUAGCGUGUUGGAAGGUUUCUGGACCAGUAAGCGGCAGUCGAUCUCUUGGAUUGCUGGUCCAAACGGCGAAGAUGGACUGUUACUCGAAAGAGACGUAUGGGGAAAGAAGGGAUACCUCCGGGUAGAAGAUAUUCGAAGUCGCAAGGGAGAUAUAAACGGUUUUGAUAGCCGAAUACUCAUGAAUUCCGGUCGCGUUACCGUGAAUGGGAAGACAAUUUCGCCGUCUGGAACAUGGCCCAGCUCGGACUUGAAAACUGUCCUUAUAUUGGCCGAUAAAGAAAAGAACUGGCGACAUUCAUUCACGGGAACUUACUGGCUUUUUGAUGUUGAAAGUCAGACUGCACAACCUCUUGACCCGGAGAAUCCCGAGGCCAUCAUACAGCUUGCGUCAUGGUCACCAAAGUCCGAUGCCGUCGUCUUCACACGGGACAACAAUAUGUAUUUACGAAAGUUGGACUCUCAGACCGUCACACCAAUUACAAAAGAUGGAGACAAAGACCUCUUUUACGGUGUCCCGGAUUGGGUUUACGAAGAAGAAGUAUUUGAAGGCAAUGGGGCGACUUGGUGGUCCAAUGACGGCAACUAUGUUGCCUUUUUGCGCACCAAUGAAUCGAUGGUCCCCGAAUUUCCAGUCCAAUAUUUCAUGUCUCGCCCAUCAGGAAAACAGCCAUCCCCCGGGCUCGAGGAUUACCCUGAUGUCCGACAAAUUAAAUAUCCUAAAGCUGGUGCUCCCAAUCCAGUUGUCACACUUCAGUUCUAUGACAUUGGAAAAAAAGAUGUCUUUUCUGUCGACGUCCCGGGAGGGUUUGACGACGAUAACCGUCUUAUCAUUGAAGUUGUAUGGGCAUCGAACGGCAAAGUUCUCGUGAAGGAAACCAACCGGGAGAGUGAUAUUUUGCGGAAUAUACUUGUCGAUGUCACAACCAGGACGGGCAAGACCAUUAGAACCGACAAUGUUAAAGAAAUUGACGGUGGCUGGGUGGAGCCGAUUCAGUCCACGAUAUUUGUGCCAGCAGACCCUGAGAAUGGUCGCCCUGAAGAUGGUUAUAUCGAUAGCAUCAUCCACGAUGGCUAUGAUCACUUAGGAUACUUUACACCUUUUGACAACCCCGACCCCAUUCAUUUGACUUCAGGCCCGUGGGAGGUUGUCGAUUCUUCUACCAGAGUCGAUCUGAAGAAUGGCAUUGUCUACUUUGUUGCCACCAAGGAAUCACCAACGCAGCGCCAUGUAUACAGUGUAAAGCUUGAUGGAUCAGAUUUCAAAGCUGUUACCAAUACAGAGAAAGUGGCAUACUAUGGUGUCUCAUUUUCACAUGGUGGUGGCUAUGCAUUGCUCAGCUAUGAAGGCCCCCAUGUGCCCUGGCAAAAAGUUAUUAACACCCCGAGUAACCAAGAUCCAUAUGAAGAGGUGCUUGAAGAAAACAAGGAUCUUUCCAAGAGAGUGGAGCAGUAUGCUCUCCCGGCUGAGAUUUACCAAAACAUAACGAUUGAUGGGUUUACGCUACAAGUGGUCGAACGCAGACCGCCUCACUUCAAUCCCACCAAAAAGUACCCUGUCCUCUUCUAUCUUUACGGAGGACCGGGAUCGCAGACGGUGGACAGAAAAUUCACAGUCGAUUUCCACUCAUAUAUCACUUCGAGUUUGGGGUAUAUUGUCGUUACCGUGGAUGGUAGAGGCACCGGACACAUCGGACGUAAAGCUAGAACGGCCGUGCGAGGAGAUCUUGGACACUGGGAAGCUCACGAUCAGAUCGAGACGGCAAAAGCAUGGGCCAAAAAGUCAUACGUGGAUGAGAACCACAUGGCCAUUUGGGGCUGGAGUUAUGGUGGAUUCAUGACGCUGAAGACCCUAGAACAGGAUGCUGGCCAAACAUUCCAAUAUGGCAUGGCCGUUGCGCCUGUCACCGAUUGGCGGUUUUACGACUCGAUUUAUACCGAGCGAUAUAUGCACACCCCUUCAAAUAAUCUGGACGGCUACGAGAAUGCAGCGAUUUCUAACGUGACAGCGUUGUCGCAAAAUAUUAGAUUCCUUGUUAUGCAUGGCGUUUCUGACGACAACGUUCAUUUCCAAAACACACUGGCGCUGCUUGAUAAAUUGGAUAUGGCGAACGUUGAGAAUUACGAUGUGCAUGUGUUCCCAGACUCGGACCAUAGCAUUUUGUUUCAUAACGCACAUAAGAUGGUUUAUGACCGCCUGUCUUCAUUUCUGACAAAUGCUUUUACGGAUGAAUGGCAUAAAGUGGGAAAUGCUGCGCCUGCUUUAUCAAAGUUGAAGCGUUUCCUAUCUGUUUUCUGA